UCACAGGGCCGGUAACAAAUGUACAGACUGUUCUUUACGGCUACUUUUUAUUUUUUAACACCAGUCCACUAAUUCCUAUGAUAAUACAUUAAUACAUUAAUUUAUUGUGAGAGCGUCCAUUUUUUAUUUUAUAAAGUUGUCCCAUCUCAGACAACAACCACAUUACCACAAAGGCACAAAAUAAUUAUUCUGUGGCCUGUGCUACAACUACAACCGUACAAGACGUCUGACGUGUACAACCAGUAGAUUAGUACACCGAGCACCGACAACCGUUGAGCCGUAAUAAUGGAUGCCAAAUCCAGUUUAUUUAUCCCAUCAACUAGUGAAAUUAUUGCUGAACCGAAUGCUGAGAGAUCCAGUGAAUCAACCUAUAUAAAUGAGUCUCACUCUGUCAUAGCAUUUGAAGUCCUACAAUCAUUACGAGAAGAUUCAUGUGAUAUACAAUUAAAAGCUGAUGAUGAUACAAUUGUUUUUGGACAUAAAAUUGUAUUAAUGUCUGCUAGUCAUUAUUUCCAGGUUAUGUUCACUAAUUUUAGUGAAUGCAAUAAAGAUAUUGUUUAUAUUAGAGAUGUAAAAUCCACCAUAUUAAAAUUAAUCGUAGAUUAUUUCUACACUCGGAAGAUUGUUAUCAGCGAUAAAAAUGUACAGGACUUAUUACCGGUGGCUGAUUUCUUACAACUAGACUGUAUUAAAGGUGCAUGUACUAAGUUUUUAGAGAAACAACUGGAUCCAUUCAAUUGUAUUGGUUUUAGAUCAUUUUCUGAUUUUUAUAACUGUUUGGAAUUGUUUUCUACUUGUGACUUAUACAUAAGAAAAAAGUUUAUAGAUGUUGUUAAAGGUGAGGAAUUUCUUUCUCUAACUACAGAAGAAUUAAUUAAGAUCAUAUCUGAUAAUGUUCUUAAGGCAUCUGAAGAAAAAGUAUAUGAAAGUGUUAUUAAUUGGGUUAAGCAUAGAUUAAAUGAUAGAUGUGAUAGCUUGCCUGAAUUAAUGGAACAUGUACGUCUGCCAUUAGUAUCUUUAAAGUACAUAUCAAAAAAUGUAGCCAAUGAACCUCUUUUUAAAAAUCUUCCUAAAAGUGAAGAUUAUUUAACUGAAGCUUUUAAAUUUCGUAAACUUAAGGAACAGCUAACUAUUCCACAAACUAUUCGAAAUACACCUAGAAUAAAAAGACAAAAAGUUAUUCUAUUGUUCACUAGUCCAUCUAUAAACUACUGGUAUGAUCCAACAACCAAAGAGUGGGAUGAUUUACCAGAUGAGUGUCUGGAUAUUAUUAGUUUGAAUACCUUUGAUAAGUCAGAUUUUAUUAAAGAACAUUAUGUUGUUUCUUUGUCACACCCAUCAUGUUUAAGUGUACUUAUAUUAUCUUUAGAAUCAACAAUAAUAGUUUGGGUUGACACUUUAGUUUUUAGAAAAAAUUUUGGAUUUAUUUUAUUAGAUCAUUAUUUAUAUGCAGUUGGCGGAUGCGGAAAUGAUGGAUAUAUAAAUAGUGCAGAGGUUAUAGAUAUGAAAAAUCGAGAACAUCGAAUGAUAGCUAAUAUGUCCACUAAGAGAAGUAACUUGGGUGUUGGUGUGCUCAAUGGACUUUUAUAUGCAGUAGGAGGAAGUAAUAAUGAUUCAAUGCAAUUAAAAUCUGUCGAAUGUUAUGAUCCAAGUCUUGAUACAUGGACACCAGUUGCUGAAAUGAGUACAUGCCGGUCUGAUGUUAGUGUAGGUGGAAUGGAUGAUGUAUUAUAUGCCAUUGGUGGUAAAAAUGGAGAUAGAUGUCUUUCAAGUGUUGAAGCAUAUGAACCAAGUACUGGAGUUUGGACUUCUAUUGCUAAUAUGCAUGUUGCUCGAAGCGGUUCUAGUGUAUUCACAUUAGAUGGUUUGUUGUAUGUCGUCGGUGGAUAUGAUGGUAAAACUGUUAUGUUAAAUAAUGAAGCGGAACCAAUCCCGUUGAAGACUGCAGAAAUAUACAACCCUGACACUGAUACAUGGUCCAUUGAUGAUACUUCGGGGAUGGAAGAUAUUCAUUCUGGUUUAAUUGUUAAUAAGACAUUAAUCACUAAAUGUCUUGAAUAUAAUUCGUGGUAACCCUAGUAUUGGGAUUAGAAUAUUAGAUAAGGUAACUAAAAAGAGUGCUCUUAGCACAAACAAUUUUUUGUAGAAUCCAUGACUCCAUACCCCACGAAACUGUGAUAAGGCGAACUAUGAUAACAGUAAUAACAAGAAUAUUAUCAAUGUUUUGUUUUUCAACGGAAAUGUGAAUAAAUUAUUAUUAUACGUUAGGUAUAUAUAUAUUAAUUAAUUAUAUAGUUAAUUAAUUAUUUGAUAUAAUUUAAUUAUUAAAGAUUUGAUAAUUUUUACUUUUCUAUAUCGCUUGUUUGCUACAACAAUGACAUAACACGAAAACCGUGAUUUUACACAAAACGCAUUUGAAACUUUUAUUUGUAAUUAUAUGACGAUAAAAUCAUAUUGAAUGUUUAUACUGCUUUAGAAACUUAUUUUAAUUGAAGUAGAGUGUUAUAACAUACUAUAUUCAUACUUUAUUCUCACCCACAAAUUUUUUGUUAUUUUAAAAUUAGGAGUUAGUUUAAGUUUUUUAACUUAUGACACUAUUGAUUUAAAGAUUGAUGUUUAGUUACGAGUUAUUUUGUAAUAUGUCGUUAUGCAAAAUUUUUAUUUUUAUUUUCUACUCAAUUUUAUGUAUUUUUUGUUGUUAUGACAUUAUUGUAUAACUAUUAAUAUUAACACAAAUUGUAAUAAAUCCUUCAACUUUAUUAAUUUAAGAACAAUACAAUAUUUUAAUCUUUAA